UGUCACCCGGCUUCCGGCACUCAGUUUGCGUUCAAAUCUCGUCCAGGAUGGGUGACUUUGGCAAGAUUCCCGGCCGUAAGCGGCUGCCCCUGACGAUGCUCCUCCUGCUGACGCUGUUGCAGUUCUUCCGGCACAUGGAGGCCAUCGAGUGGACACUCCCGGAUGUGAUAGACUCGGUGGGCACCGUGGGCGCCAGUAUAGUGGAUCCCAGUCUGCUGCCCACGCCCCAGGGGCUCCUCGACGGCGGCAAGCAGCUGAUAGCCGGCUAUCCCUUUGAGUUCGUCUCCAGCUCUUUGAGCUACAUAUGCUCCCAGGCCCUGGCCAACAACAAGAUCAAGUCCAAGUUCACGCCGGACAUCAACCUGAUGCACUUCCAGCUCCGUACGCCCUGCGCCAAGAUCAACUUUCCGCUUACGAAUCCGGGGGCCAUGUGGCACAGCCCGGAAUUUGAUCCCAAGAAGAAGGUGGUCAUCCUGGCCACCGGCUGGACCACCACCGUGAACGGAUCGGACACCAUAGAGGUCUUCUCCAAGGCCUACAACUGCCGGGGCGACGUCAACUUUGUGGCCGUGGACGCUGCCCGAUUCGUGGAUACCCUGUACACCUGGAGCGCCUUCAACACGGAGGAGAUCGGCGAGAACAUAGCCCUCGGGCUGGUGAAGCUGCUGGACGUGAUGCCCGUGGAGAACAUCCACCUGAUCGGACACAGCCUGGGCGCUCACAUCGUGGGGGCGGCGGGCAGGCACUUGACGCGUCUCACGGGAAGCGUAAUUCCACGGAUAACGGGCCUGGAUCCGGCCAAGCCGUGCUUCAACGAGGGCGAGGUGCUCUCGGGUCUGUUGCGCGGAGAUGCCAAGUUCAUCGACGUGAUCCACAGCAACUCGGGGGUGCUGGGCAAGCGCGAUCCCCUGGGCGACGCGGACUUCUAUCCCAGUGGGCUGAGUCCCUUGCCCGCCGGCUGCUACUCCGUGGUGUGUGCCCACGCCAGGUCCUGGGAGUACUACGCGGAGACCGUCUAUCCCGGCAACGAACGGAACUUCAUGGCCACCCGCUGCAGCUCCCUGACCCGCCUCCGAGAGUUCCGCUGCCCGGGCGACGAGAUACCCAUGGGCUAUGGCGUACCGCAGGGCUCCAAGGGCAACUACUUCCUGGAGGUGAACCCCACCACGCCCUACGGCAUCCACGCCUCCAUCGUCCGCUCCGCCCACCUGGAGACCUGCGGCACCUGUCCGGACAGCAGCAGCUCCACGUCGUCGACCACCAGCCAGCCAGUGACCACCACCACGGCAAAGUCCAAGUCCUGGUUCUGAGGAGGAGGUUCUCCUCCGGCGGCCCAUCUAUUUAUAAUCUAACUACCGCCUAGGCUAGAGCUACCACUUACUUAACUUACUUAACUUUUUUAUGAUCAGACAGAGCUACCUGGUUCGUUUUGACCCGAUUGCGGUCGAUAUGCAAUAUACUAUUUUUGCCUUCUAAGCGCGUUGACAAUUCAAUUAAUUUUGUUAUGUGUUUAAUACAUGAGUUCGGAGUUUCGGAGCUGAUCGACCAGGGAAUACCCUAUGUGAUAGUCUUAACUUGUAAGAGUUGAGAAGCUAAGAAGUCAGAGGAAAUAAAUGAUCAUCUUUACGAACUAGA